CGUCACUCCACUCCAACACCUCGGCCUCGCGAUGGCCUACCACUCCGGCGCAGGCGACGACUGGAGCCGCAGUGCCUCGUCGCACUUCGCACAGCAGCAGCAGCAGGCACAGGCGCAACAGCAGCAGCAGCAGCACCUCUCCAACCUGCCCUCGUGGGAUCCGCGUCGUCAGCAGGCCGCUGCUGCCGCUGCUGCACCGACCUCGCGCGCCUCCACCGCCUCAUUUCCGCAGCAGCGCCAGGGCCGCGCCACGCACGGCAGUCUGCAGCAGGACGUCGACGUCGCCAACCUGCUGCGCUCGCUCAACGGCACGUCCGGCGAGGGCUCCGGCUCCGCCUCGGCCUCGGGCACGGGCACGACGGGCGCCGCAGAGGGCUACCCGACGAACGCGCCGCGGCAGAACCAGAGCUGGGCGUCGCAGUACGCCGCGCCUGCGUCGCGCAGCGGCAGUGGCAGCACGAGCGCUGCGGCCACGCACGAUGCACACAACAUCAACGGCUCGGCGGGGCAGAGCUGGUCGGCGCACUAUCCGCCCACUGCUGCGCGGGGCGGGAGCAGCGGCAGUGCAGGCGGCAACUCGCAUGAGUACAGCAUCGCGAGCGCUGGUCUCUCGUCGCGCGAUCGCUACGCGGCAGCUGCGUACCAGCAGCAAUCGGCGCAGGCGCAGCAGUCGACUUCGCUCGGGUACGGCAACUACGCCACGUCGCAUUCGCAGCAGCAGGCGCAGCCCCAGCAUUCGCAGCGCCAAGCAGCGCCUCAGCAGCAGUCGCAGUCGCAGUCGCAGUCUCAGCAGCAGUCGCAACAACAGCAAGCCUUCAUCUCGCCGCACGAAGUGCACCGUCAAGCGCAGCCGGUGGCACGCGCAGCUCAGAUGAUGUCGCUCGGCGGACCGAUGCUUGGCUCUCAUCCCCACGCGCUCUACUCGAGCUACACGCCCGGCGAUGCUUCUCCCCAAGCAGCGUCGCCCGUGACGACCACCGCCACCGCAGCAGCAGAGGCCGCACCCGCUGCACCUGCACCCGCUGCGAAGAGCAAGAAGCGCAAGGCGCCAGCGGCGUCGAAGGCUGCCAAGGCUGCACCUCCACCGCCUGCGCCCGAACCGGCACCGCCGCCGCCCGCUCCGACGCCCGCUGCGCCAGCGCCCAAGCGGCGCAAGAAGGCCGCUGCGCCUCCUCCUCCGGUGCCUGCUCCUGCGCCGAAGGCCGCCGCACCUCCGCCGGCUCCCGUCCCUGCUCCCGCUCCUGUCGCGGCUCCAGCACCGGCAGCGUCAGUCGAGCUCGGUCCUGACGGACAGCCAAAGAGACGUCGUGGCCGUCCCAAAGGCAGCAAGAACAAGCCCAAGAUCCCGCCUGCGCCUCCUCGUUCUCCAGUGCUCUACGAUGGCCUCGGCACUCCUCCUCCUCCCGACCCCGAGCCCGCACCGGCGCCUGCGCCCGCGGCGACGCCUGCUGCGCCCGCGAAGAAGGGCAGGAAGAGCGCGCCGGCGAAGAUGAACGCCAGCGCAAGUCAGCCGCCGGCGACGCCUGUCGCUGCUGCGCCUGCUGCUGCAGUGGGAGUGAAUGGCGAGAGUGGAAAGAAGGAGCGCAAGCCUCGCGGGCCCAACAAGUACGGGCCUCGCUGGAAGGAAGCAUUCCUGGAGCGUCUGCAUAACACGCGCAUGUUCGGCAGCAUGAUUGAGGAGGAGACGCUGCAGGAGGAGUUUGACGGCCUGAUCGUGGCGCUCGAGGAGAUGGCGGAUGGCCAACCGCCCGUGGAUCUCGAUGCGACGGGAGCGGAUCCGGACGAGGCGGCCGCUGCUUCGCUGGUCUGAAGCGCAUCGCUCUCACUCUAGCCCGGUUGGCUCUCGCAUACCCUCUCUCUCUCACUGCACGCGGCAAAGGCAGCGCAACCUCUGUAUCACCACCCUCACGCCACACACACACUCAAUGAUUCCCAUCAUCAGC